AUGGUUUUCACCAAAACAAUCGCCGCCAUUGCGGCUCUGUCUUCUCUUGUGGUUCCCAGUAUUGCGUUGAAUGUGGAUGCCAAGACGAAUGUUGCUGUCUACUGGGGCCAAGGACCGGACCAGAAGCGUCUUCGGGACUUUUGUGCGGAGACCGACCUCGACAUCAUCAACCUCGCCUUCGUCAAUGGCUUUCCCGCCGGAGUGAACGCCUAUCCCGGCUCCAACUUUGGAAACCAAUGCGAUGGGACCAAGUACCCCAACUCUGAUCUGCUCUCGGGCUGUCAUCAGAUUGUGAAUGACAUCCCUGUCUGUAAGGCCAUGGGCAAGACCCUCAUGCUGUCCAUUGGUGGUGCAUACACGACCGGUCAGGUCACCAACGACGCCCAGGCCAGAUGGUUUGCCGACUUUUUGUGGUACUCGUUUGGUCCCGUGAACACGGCUGUUGCCAAUCAGUACCCCCGUCCGUUCGGUGACAACUCCGUCGACGGAUUCGACUUUGAUAUCGAGCACGGUGGUCCCGUUGGCUGGAAGACUAUGAUCGAUCGUCUUCGAUUCCGCUUCCAGGAGCACGCCGACAAGAAGUUCUACAUCUCCGCGGCUCCCCAGUGUACCACUCCCGAUGCUCAGCUUGGUAGUGCCAUCGCCAAUUCCGCUCUCGAUUUCAUCUGGGUGCAGUUCUACAACACCCCCGGGUGCUCUGCUCGCGACUUCGCCGACGGUACCGGCCACUUCAACUUCGAUGAAUGGGCCGCCAUCAUCAAGGCCAGCCCCAACCCGAACGCCAAGCUCUUCAUCGGUCUUCCCGCCGCCCCCGCUGCCGCCAACCAGGGUUACUAUCUGGAAGCCAGUGAGGUGUACACGCUUGUCCGCUGGUAUAUGGCUUGGUACCCGGAUAUCUUUGGUGGUGUCAUGCUGUGGGAGGCGACCUAUGCGGAGAACAACAAAAACGCUGCCGGUCUGACCUACUACGAGCAGGUGAAGGAGAUCCUCAAAAGCUGUGCUCCUCCCCCUCCUCCCGUGCAAACGACCACUAUCAUCGUGACUCCUACUCCGGUCCACACUUCUGCUGCCUCGACUUCCACUCCCGCAGACACUACCUCAACUGUAGUGGUUUCCAGCUCCUCCUCCUCCUCCUCCGCCGUCGUGUCCAGCUCAACUCCUGUUGUGCACACCUCGUCUACCCCCGUGAUUUCUAGCACUUCUACUCCCGUGUUGUCUCACACUUCGACGCCUGCCGGUUCAAGCCCCGUCGGUUCCAGCAGCUCAACGCCCGUCGUUUCGCACACCUCGACCCCCGUGGGCUCUGGAUCUUCCACUCCUGUCGUCUCGCCCACUUCUACUCCUGUUGGCUCUGGAUCUUCCACUCCGGUUGUGUCUCACACCUCGACCCCCGUUGGCUCUGGAUCUUCCACUCCUGUCGUCUCGCACACUUCGACCCCCGUUGGCUCUGGAUCUUCCACUCCUGUCGUCUCGCACACUUCGACCCCCGUUGGCUCUGGAUCUUCCACUCCUGUCGUCUCGCCCACUUCUACUCCUGUUGGCUCUGGAUCUUCCACUCCUGUCGUCUCGCACACUUCGACCCCCGUUGGCUCUGGAUCUUCCACUCCUGUCGUCUCGCCCACUUCGACCCCCGUUGGCUCUGGAUCUUCCACUCCUGUCGUCUCGCCCACUUCUACUCCCGUUGGCUCUGGAUCUUCCACUCCUGUCGUCUCGCACACUUCGACCCCCGUUGGCUCUGGAUCUUCCACUCCUGUCGUCUCGCACACUUCGACGCCUGCCGGUUCAAUCCCCGUUGGUUCUGGCAGCUCAACUCCCGCUGGCUCUACUCCUGUUGUGUCUCACACUUCUACUCCUGUUGGCUCUGGAUCUUCUACCCCCCUCGUCUCGCACACUUCGACCCCUGCCGGCUCCAGCCCAGCUGGACCUACAUCGACUCCAGUCGGUUCCGGCUCUGUUACUUCCAGCUCGGUGCCUGUCGUCUCGGGCUCUUCGACUCCUCUGAUUCCUUCCCAGUCGACAACUACCUCCAGCGUUCCGGCUGGUCCUUCCAGCUCCGACUGUGAUGACAGCUCCACUUCGGUCACAGGUACUCACACCGAGACUUCACUCGGUUUGUCUACUACCUCGUCCGCUGUUUCCGCAUCGGCGACUUCUGGCACCCACGGCACAGGCUCUUCGACUUCCUCGGAUGUUGGUGCCAUUGGCACUUCCUCCGCCACCACCGUCCCCGGCGCCACUGGAAGUGGACCCUCUGGCAUCACUUCCACUGUCAACAUUUCACCGUCCGUGACCACUGCGCCCACGUCGACCACGCCUGCUGCUGUCACCACCGUCAUUGUGACCUCCUACACUGACAUCUGCCCCACUGGUUUCACCACCAUCACCACCACCAUCACAACGACCGUGUGCCCCGAGGCCACCGCCAGCGUGACCGGUCCUGCUGGCAGUGUUGCGACCACGACCCCCUCUAUCCCCGAGGGUUGGACUACCACCGUCACCGUCUGCACUCACUGUGCUGCCACCCCGACUACCGUGACCCUGACCAAGCCCAUGUCGACUCCCGCGGUACAGACCACCUCUGUGCCCUUGGCCCCGGAAGGUACUGAGACCGUCACCGAGGCUUGGACCACGACUGUGUCUUUCUGCAAGGAGUGUGGCCCUACCGGUUCGACUGUGACCGUCACGGUUCCCUACACCGUGUUGGCCACUCCGACCGGUGCCUCUGCCGGUACAGCCGCUCCUGGUGCUCCUGGAGCCUCCGGUCCCGGCACCACCAUGACCGGCACUAUUGUUUAUGCUCCCACCCAGGUGAUCAACAAGCACAUCAACUCGGCUUCAUCUCGGCCCGUCAGCUCGGAAUCAAGCAUUGCUCACCAGCCUACCCGUACCCCGACGUUCACCGUGCGUCCCACUGGCACUUCUUCUCAGAGCCAGUCCACGGCCAGUGCCUCCCCAGAAGGCGUGUCGCCCGUUUUCAAUGGCGCUGUGUCUCGGUCGGGAGCCACCAACUUCGCGGCCAUCUUCAUGACCCUCUUUGCGUCUUUUGCCAUCUUCCUCUGA